GGUGACAUACACGAGCUGAACCAAACCUUAACACGUCCAAAAAGCUUGGAAAAACAAAAGGAUACUCUCCAGGAUAACCUUAAAGCUGAGAAAUUACCUCUAGUUGUGUACAGGGGGCGAUAUGAGGGGUAAACAGAGCGGGCCGAACUCAAGAGGCAAGUAUGAAGAAAGUAAACCCAACACUAGAAGCACUAGAACAGGUUGAAGCAAGACUAGAAUUAGGUUUAUUUGGUGCGUUUGCGCCGACUCGGACAGCCGGCGGUCGAUCACAAUCUGAAAACCAGUAAAAUGCCCUCUCCGCUAAAAGUGGCCGCAAGAAAGGCAACGGGAAGACACAAAUUGUGUAAAUCUAGCACUCACGGAGGAUGCAGUUUUAGACCAGGUAGGAGUAAAGGCAUGUUUAGCAGCAUAGGAGGGAGAGAUGGACAAAGCUCAGUCAAGGCCGAACCCGGGGGUCGCAAUCGGGGUUCUGCUGCUGCUCUCGGGGGACAAGUGUCAGCAGGGACGCCGCCAGAACCCAGAAGACCAUCAAACUUUAUUCCGAAUACACAUCUGAACCCAUCUGGACUGGCAUGUUCAAACAAGUGUUUAAGAAGAUCCGAAUGUCAAUACAGUUCCCCACAGCAGAAGAACUUGGGUAACCAAGUGCCUAAAAGCUCUAGCCCAGUCUCGGCGUCAUCUCCUGCUGGGUAUAAGGUCUAUGGUGAGACAACAGAGAACAUCGUUGUAUGGAUUAACAAGUAUCCCAAAGUAACACUUUGUGACAUUGCAGCAAAAUGUGAUGUAUCCAGUGACAACUGUGGCUACAUUUUACCGGGUGAUCUCAAGAACAAGAAGAUGCGUUGCUUCAAACAGGAAAUGGAAGCCGGAUUUCGAAUUUGGCCCAGUUGUUCAGGGCAUAACGAGCAUGAUGGUGAGCAAGGUGCUGAGGUUAAAAAUAGCACUAGCAUUUCCAGUGUGCAGAGUGUAAAUAGCAUCUGUCAGGCUGAAAGUCUGACGGAACAACACAAACACCCGGAAGAAGGCACAGACCCAGAGGCCUUAACGAAUCCUUCCAAGCGAUUGUACAACGGCUGGAUGGAUGUGGACACCACAGCUCUUACUUCUGUCUUGAAAGAUAAACAUACAGAUGAACAAGAGAUUAGGACUGGGGUGUUGGACCAAGAUCAUCCGGAAGUUCCUGGACUUGGAUCUGGCCUGAUUGGUUCGGACAUUUGCAGAGACAAAAGAAUAAAGCUUGGGGAUGGAGCUGAGUGCAGCAGAGCUUGUAGCUUUGUCUUAAGAGAAAUCGGUGUAAUCAGCAAACCUGAUCUACCUGGACAUCCCACAGAAACUAAUAUGCAGCACAUGUCACCAGAUCUGUUCAGUGAGAGUGAUGAAGAUAACACGGACGAACCAGAGUCUUUCACUUGCCAGAGAGUAAAGCCGUAUUUUAGGAAGCUACCUGGUUCAUGUGCACGAACUUACAUGGCCUGGCCUUUUUCAAAUAGUCAACCGAGGUGUAAAGCUGACGCUUCUGUCCCAGCCUUUUCAGGAACAUCUGCAGGUUUAUCACCAAGGAGCACCAGUGACUCCAUAACAGAGAAUCAAGAUCUGCCUACUUUAUCCACCGGGGAAAAUUACAACAAACUUUCAGAUGCAUCGUUGGUGAAGCAAGUUAACUCAUCACGUGAAAACAGGAAAGUCUCAGAAUCGGUCCAAACAAACCGGAAGACAGCGGAGCUCUCUGUGCAGUCUGAAGGAUCUGUAGCCCAUCUUCGUUCCAAUUCCGUUUCAUUCACAGGUUCAGGUCAGCAUGGUAAGGAGUCUGCCAUUGAGACUGGAUCAAGCUCAACUUUUCCAUUCAGCUGCUCUGAAACAGGCAGUUCCACAUCCACUACUACCCACUCGGUGCUCAGCCUGAGUGCCUGGGAAACGGGCUCUGCUUUGUCUAAUUUGUCUGAUCCAUCCACACACGAUGCUCCACGAAGCCUGUCUGGCAAACUGUCCUCCGUGCCACCUUCAUCGUUCCUAUCAAGAAAAAUCAUAAACCCUGACCCCGACCAUUCACUUGUAUCCUCUAUCAGCCUCCGUCAAAACCUGAAGAAGAACAAUGAAUGUCUCCUAAAAAGGAGCCCACCUAUGCUGGAACCAUUUGAUGCAAGUCCAUUUAAAACUAACUGUUUUUUAUUGUGCAACAUUACCAGAGACAAACAUGUGGACACCGAGUCUGGUGAGUUUUUGCUUCCACCGGUACUCUCCCCUGUCACUUCACCCUAUAGACGCAUUGUAGGAAGAGCCUUAUUCCAAAGCCUGAGCAGUUCUGAACAUACGUGGAAGGCUUUGAACAAAGACAAAACUCCACCUGAGUUUUACUUGGCUCAAGUGGUUAAAGGCAACAUUGAGACCUCCAGGAAUUUUCCAGAACACCCCAGAAAAGAAGUGGAAAGUGAUAUAAUAUAUCUCAGUACUCCGACUGACAUCACUGCAUUCAAAUCAAUGUCUUCUCCCAGCAACGCCACAGUGGAGGGUGAUGGGGAUAUAAAGCAAACCUUGGAUGACUCUGAUUCUGAGGAAAACAGUGAGCAUGGUAAAAGAAGCUCAGAUCAAGUUCCCCUGGAUCCUAAAAUAAAGACCACUGUUGGUUCAAAUGUUCUGACCGAAGGCCACUCCUCUCCCAGCAGCCAUGAUGAAGAGCACGCAUCCUUUAGUGAGGAGGAAGAGCAGAGAUCUGUUACAGAUGAGGGAUCAAGCGAUUACAACACAGAAGGCAAUGAAGGAGAAGCAGGGACAGACGAAGAACAACAGUCGGCCAUUUUGGACGAGUUAACAGCUUAUGAACAGGAUAUCUUGCUUCUUGAUGUUAUGCAGGAGGAUCCAGAACUGUUUGAAAAUCUGCCCGAGAAGAGCCUGCUGAACCUGGGCCCGGUCAGGGACACAGCGCCUCCUAAAAAGAGCCUAACUUCAACAAUAAAAAUUUCAGCAAAGACUGAUCGAUCCCCUUUAGUGUUUGAACAAAGAUUGACACCAGUUACAGUAAACCUUCAUGAUGACGCCAUUGAUCUUACAGAGAAUAGUGAAAGCAGGCCAUGGAGACCUCGGCGUAGCACCAUGCCUACCAGAAAUCAGAACCCCUGCCCUGUCACAGCCGGCCGAAGCAGACAUGUGGGCCAAUCUGAUAGAAACAACAGUACAAUAGAUGGCAGCCUGGAAAGUAAUUUUGGUCACCCCAUCCAGACAGUGAGCUUCUCCCACAGCACCCCCCUAGUUACGGCCUUAGGAACUGGACCAUGUAGGAAAAACUCAGCAAACGGGCCAGAUUUUAGACGACUGAAAUCCAGCGAUUACUGCAGACAGUACUUCAGUGAAUCGCUGUCCUGCGGCUUCAAAAUGUGUCGCUUCCAACAUCUGCCAGCGGAGGGGGACGAGAAGUUCUGUGUUGACAUGGUGGCGAAGUUCACCCAAAAUCCAGCAUGCCUCCAGAAGGCGGGAGCUGUGUUUACAGGAUACUACCAGAACAACCCACCAGGAGUGUAUUUCUCCAUGCCUGUGCUCCUGUCCCUCCUUCAGGCUCUGCUUAAAGCUGGCAUGGUGUCCAAUGUCUUCUCAGUCCUUCGCGUCAGCUUGGCUCACAAUAUAGUGUCUGGCCAUGAGUUCCUGCUGGCUGUUUUUAACUACGUAAGAGACAAGGGUCUCGUGAGCUUCAUACCAGAACUAAUGCAACUCACAUUCAAGAUGGCCAGCGUUGGUUUGGAGCUGAGCUUGGACUGCAUCGACAAUGUGAAAAACACUCCCAUGUUCCAGCAGACGGCUCAUCAGAAUGCACAUGUUGCUUUUGUUGACAACCACAAUUCAUAUAGCUUGUCUGCCAGCACACCUAGUCCUGAGUUCCUGAAUUUAUUGCAUGGGAUUGUUGAAAUAGAGCUCUGUGCCAAGCAAGAGAACUGGAAACGGAUGGGAGAGGUGUAUAGGUCCAUCUGCCAGUCCAGCCAACACCCCAACCAAGUGGAGCGCAUCAGUGGUCGCAUUGCUAUAGCUCUGCUGUCUGAGGGCAAAGACAAGGUGUCACUGCCCUUUGCUGCUUUCGCUGAGACAGUGCGUCAGAAUGAAAGUGAGGAGAGCCCGGUUAAGAGUUUUGUGGGCAGGAUCGGAGUCUCUUUGAUGUUAAGAUACUACAAAAAUCAUCAUUGGUCUAAGGGCCGCAGGGUGGUGGAGGUGAUGUCCAUUUUAAAAGUCGACUUCACAAUGCUGAAGAGUUUAUUUGGGAACGAGGAUGGAGCGUCACGCUGCCACCUGAUCACUGUGGCCACAGAACUUUUCCUCAUGAGUGGAAGUGUGGAAGGAGCUCUAAACACACUGCGAGAACACAACUGGUUCCUCAGUUCGUGCUCGUGGCCAUGUGACCCUGCUGAUCUGGAGAGCAGGACUAAUGUGCUGAGGGGCUUGGCUGGGAAAACGUCUUAUCGGGACACGUUGGAGGUGCUCUGUAACCUGCCAGGAGUGAAGGAACCCAACGACUUGGUAGACGUCUCCGGGUACAGUCCUCUGUUUACGUCUCACCUCCAAGUGUGUGUGGAGAGACAGAUUCUGCCUGUAGCAUCAGACACGGUGGACUUCAUGCUGUGUAAAAAGCUGGCUGUUGAUCACUCACUGCUGCAGACGCUGCUCGAGAAACUGGGUAGACAAAACCAAUGGCUGCGGGCGCGAGAGAUCUUUAAAUGCUCUCUGAGUGUUGGCUACUAUCCUGGAGUAUCUGCAUCCCCUGGUUUGAUGGCACUGAUCGUGCCCUGUCAGCUUGGAGAGGUGGAGUUUGCUCUCACCUUGGAGAUGUUUGUUGCCCUCAAUGCAUCGGCCAUUCUUCCUCUUUCAGACUCCACCACUUCUUCUCUCAGCAUCACCCUGCAAAGGACUCAAAGCUGUGAGGGGGAGUACAUCUCAGCGGGUAACCGGCUUCUCUCUGCAGCCUGCCUUCCUCAGCCCAAACUCACCAUCCACUACACGGCGGUUAACUCCUCCCAGGAGCAGGUGUUUAGGCUGGAGGUUUCCAGCGCACGCCGCUGGCUCCGACACAACCACUUAUGGGCCAGUGAGAUGUGGACCAACCGACAUAAAUGUUUAAACCCCAACUGACCUUGGUAAGUAUUUGACAUUGUUUACGUUCCGCAUCAGUGAAUUCUCUGAGAAACGUCAAUGAAAUCAGGUAGAACAGCGUGUUUCUCUUCUAGUUCUACGUUUUGUUUUCUCUUACACUCGUGGUCAUGUGUCGAGUGUGUGACCUAGUCGCAGGAAAUGACAACCAAAGACUGAUUCCAGAUAAUCAACUCUUUAUGUUCAUGUUUAUUUUAUGAUCUUUAUUUGUUUUCUUUUGUUGGCUUUCACUGAGUUUUUAUGGAGUAACUAUUUGAGUCUUUUUCGUUUGGGGAAAAGUAAAGUGUUGUUUUGGGGGGUGGGAGGGUGUUACAGAGUUGUUACCUGUAAAUAAAAUUUGAAUGUAAAAAUUUAUUUAUAUGACCACAUUAUGUUACUGUAUUGUUUGUUAUGAUCUACAGUUGCUUGUUCAGGACUUGUAAUUUACAAUUUCUUUGUAUAAAUGUUUUAUUACAAGUUUA